ACAGGUCAAUGUCUGAAGCAGCUAAAAUUUUGUGAGUGUGAUGAAGAUUGUCGUAGCUUUCAUAUAAUGUAAAAUACCAAUAAUUUGGAAAAAAGGGUUGAUAGAAACCCUUAGAAAGUUCUUAGGUACGAUAUUGUUAAAUAACGACGGUCUCGUGCGUUCACAUGAGUGUUAAACGAGUGAAAGAAGGAUAAUAGGAAGGAUCUACAGUGGCUGCCAGCCCCCGUUUGAUGUUUCGUGUGCAAGGGUGUUCGCAAGAAAUGUGAUAAAUCUAUGAAGUUCAUGAACGUAUAUGAAAUAAUUGAGCGCCGAUAGAGAUGAGUGGACGUCCAAGGACAACGUCCUUUGCUGAGGGUAACAAGCAACCUCCGAAUCCUCCGUUAGGAGGCAUGAAAAUAAGUAGCAAGGAUGGCAACAAGGUGACAACGGUGGUGGCCACCCCUGGACAAGGUCCCGACCGGCCCCAGGAAGUAUCCUACACCGACACCAAGGUGAUAGGCAAUGGAAGUUUCGGCGUAGUAUACCAAGCAAAAUUGUGUGACACUGGGGAAAUGGUGGCCAUCAAGAAGGUUCUUCAGGAUAAGAGGUUCAAGAACCGUGAACUUCAGAUUAUGAGACGUUUAGAACACUGUAAUAUAGUCAAACUUAAGUACUUCUUCUACUCUAGUGGGGACAAGAAGGAUGAAGUGUACUUGAACCUAGUACUGGAAUAUAUCCCCGAGACUGUGUACAAAGUUGCUAGGCAUUACAGUAAAUCUAAACAGACGAUACCUAUUAGUUUUAUAAAGUUGUAUAUGUACCAGUUAUUCAGGAGCCUGGCGUACAUCCACUCUUUGGGAAUCUGCCAUCGGGAUAUCAAACCUCAGAAUUUGUUGUUGGAUCCUGAGACGGGUGUGCUCAAGUUAUGUGACUUUGGCAGCGCUAAACAUCUUGUCAAAGGGGAACCUAAUGUUUCGUACAUCUGUUCACGUUACUACCGGGCACCCGAACUUAUAUUUGGGGCCAUUGAUUACACUACUAAGAUAGAUGUAUGGAGUGCAGGUUGUGUGUUGGCUGAGUUGCUGUUAGGUCAACCUAUUUUCCCAGGAGACUCGGGCGUUGAUCAGCUAGUUGAGAUCAUCAAAGUCCUCGGCACUCCUACAAGGGAGCAGAUCCGAGAGAUGAAUCCCAACUACACGGAGUUCAAAUUCCCACAGAUAAAAUCCCAUCCUUGGCAAAAGGUAUGGAAGGUGUUCCGUGCACGCACACCACCCGAGGCAAUAGAUCUGGUGUCACGGCUGCUAGAGUACACACCUUCAUCCCGUAUCUCCCCACUCCAGGCAUGUGCCCACACUUUCUUUGAUGAACUACGAGAGACGAACACACGGCUACCAAACGGCAGGGAACUGCCACCACUGUUCAACUUUACAGAACAGGAGCUGAGCAUUCAGCCAUCUCUCAAUUCAGUGCUGUUGCCACGCCAUGCGCAAGAAGGAUCUGGUGUCGGUGGUGGUGGAGGAGGAAAUUCAGGAGCAGAUGGAAAUGGUGGUGCUAGUGGUAACCCAGGUGUCAGUGCACCAUCUGCAGACACCAACUCAAUGGCAACAGCUGACCCAAAUGUCCCGUCCCCCAGUGGAGCAGCUGCAGCAGCAUCUGGAAUGGCUUGAGGUAGCCCAUUUGUUUAAACUCCGCCACAUGUCACUACGUCCACACCAAACAACUAGACCAACUAUCAAGACCACACCUAGCAGCAGUGGUAAUAUGACGACAAGUGUGAUCCAGUUGAAGAAAUGUAAAAUGAGAUGUAUCGUGAAGGGUGGGAAACACAAGCAACAUAAGGCAAUCAUCCUACACAUGUCAGGGGAACCACCAAAACUAUGCCCACAACUAGCAGGUCACAUGAUGACAACAGAUGUACAUUAGGGCAACAUGCAAAUGACAUUAUUGAGAAUGUUGAAGAUUCAGUGUUGGAUGCCAUACCAUUCUUUUUAUUAUUUGAUGUAAGUUAUAGAGGAAAGGAACUCAGUGGAAACUGACUAUCUGAUAUCUUGCGUUAAAGAGAAUGUGAAGGUUGAAAUGGGAUAUAAAUAUGGACAUCGUGAGUUGAUCAGUUCUCUCACAGCCUGAAUCAAAUAAAUAAUAAUAAAAGUGGAGACUUGCCACAUUUGGAUUUUGUAUCAAAAUGUGUGACAUCUUUCUGUUUUACACUUAUCCAAGUAAAAGUAAAGGAAACUAUAAAAAAUUAGACAUGGGAAUAUCCUUCAAUAAGAUGUAAUUUGGUCAGGAUGUAAUACAUUUUGCUCUGUAAUGAAAAGGAACAAAUACUAUCCACAGUAAAUCAAAUGUACAGUUUAAAUCUUGUUCCAUCUUUGUGCGUAUAUAUUGCGAUUAUAAAUUACUUAACAGAUGUAUAAAUAGUUCUCCCCUCCAGAUUACUCACCGGCUGUUUCUUUACAUCAUCUUUUGAAAGCUAAAGCUGCCAAAUACUGUAAGUAGUAAGUUAGUAAACCAGCAUGGAAUGGGCUGAUUAAUAAUUAAAUGUGCAGCAUUGUGAAAAUGUUUAAACAAAUGAUAUGAAUUAAUGUUUCCUCAUUUUCUUAUUGUAAGUGGAAAGUAUUAUUUUAGCUUUUCAAGCAGAGGAGGGGUAUUUAGGAUGGAUUGCUGUUUUAUUGUAAAGUGGUUAGGGGGGGGGGAAGGAUGGGGAUUGUUAAAAUUGUUCAUUUUAGCCCUCUUUUUAAAUCAUACAUCCUUUUACAUGUUGACCAUUUCAAAAAUGAAAUCCACAGUGUGUCGCAUACACAGUGGUUUCACUUAUACUCUCCUUUUUAUUGAAGUGACUUCAUUUUAGCUUCUGUAGCUGUAUGCGAAGUGGAUCGAAUUUUUAAAAAGAAAGAUUGGUGCUUUGUAAAAAAUAUGAAUGAUUUGCCUUUCUGUUGUGCAAUAUGUGACAUCUCCAAAUUUGUCAGGACCAUUUAUAAUUUUACUUUCAUAAUGGUGUUAGCUUGUAUAUGAAGUAGAGAAUGUGCAAGUGAUUAUUGGCUGGGGAAGGUGCUUAAUGCGAAGUGUAUGUCGACAUAACAUCUAGUUCAUUCUCGAGACUGCUGAUUAUGUACUAAGGGUAGAACUCUACACUGUCCUGUAGCUGGAUUCAAAUUUUCAGCAGCAAUGGUUAUCCUUGCUGGAGAAAUAAGAACUAGCAACAGUAAAAAGAAGAAGUUGUCAAACUAAAAAUGUGAUGAGCUAGUACUUGAGAGCAGUGUUGAUGAAAUAAAAGAACGCUUAUGAAUAGGGGUACACAAAACCAUGUACCACUGACAGUUUAAAUCUGUUAUCGUACUUACAUUUAUGUUCGAGAGGUUGUGCGUUGAAUCUGACAAAUGGUUAACCGUGAAGUAUCACAGUUGUUUCCUUCCUGUAUGUCAGAAAGUUGAUUUCCUUGAACGGCAUGAUAGAAAGAACUGAUUUAAUUAAUACUGCUAAAUAAACUACUGUAACUAAUAAUCAAAUCUGGUUAGUUAUGAAACUUGUGUAAAGUCAUUGGGUACUGCACAAUUGUAGCAAUGUUGAAUCUGCUCACGAAUAGAUAUAUUUCCAUUAAAUAAUACUGUCUACUGCCUCUGCUGUUUUUCAAAUUUCUGAAAAGGACAAUCAAAAUUUCAGACUUACCAUGAGCCUUGUAUAUAUAUAUAUAUAAGAUGAAGAGAGACAGAUCUUGGUAACGUUUGUAUGUAUUAAAUUAUUUAGAACACUGUUUGUUAAAGCAUCUAUAUAAUGGAAACAGAUUGAGUUUAUUACUUUUUGUUUUUAAAUAAAACCAUUCAGCAUAUAAGAGUUUGUGCUCUACUUUAACAAUUCCCUGAUGCAAGUUCUAGAUACCAUUUAUUUCAUGGUGUCUGGAACUUGCAUCACAGGGUUGCUUAUUUUAAACAUGGUACAUUAACAGCAGUUUUGGUCUCUUCAGGAACCAGAAAGGCUAGGUCACAGAGUGAAACUGUUGGAACGAGAAUGCAGUUUAUACUGGUCAUCAGAAAUCAUGAAAUACAUUUGUGGGCAUUACAUUUUUAUACUGAUAUGGGGAAUGCUGAAGACCUGUUUGCCAGUGGUAACUGUUGGAUCAUGCUCAACCACUGAUGACUCCAAGAAAAGUUACUUGUGUAGUGUCACUUGUGUGUGUGAAGUAAUAUACAAAUUUCCAUCUGCAGUGGAGUAUGGAAUAUGGAUGAGGUUUCAUUUAUUUAGUUUUGAAAUGGAUAUUCUGCCUUCAUCUUCAAAAGUGGUCAUGUAACUGUGUGGACAUGUAUGUCUUCUCCAUUUCAGAACAAAAUGAAAAUGGUUGCAUUUUCCUACUAUUAGAACAGCCCAAUUUCUCAAGCCAAAUAUUUUUAUAAAUGUUGACUUCAUUUGCAUAAUUGUAUUAGUUUGUAUAGUAUGUGUGAGACACAAACCCCCCCCCCUCCAUUUGUAUCCAUAAUGGCUGGCACCAGAAGAACUGUGUGACAAAUGGCUGUUCUAUGCAGUACACAUUAAUACUUCUUCUGUAUGUAUUUAUGUUUAAAAGCAUUUUGUGUGUAGUAUUCACUGGCAAAAAAAAAAAAGAAAAGAAAAGCUGGUUAGGCCAUUCUUCUGUGCUGUAUGUGGGGAAGCCCACAGUAGCAAUGCUACUCUGUUCCAACAGCUUCCAUACUGACACUUUCUGUUAACUGUUCUUCUGCUAUGAGAACAGGUCCUGAUGUGUACUGUGGGAAAGCGAGAUCAUCUGUGAAGCUGUUUUACAGUACUUUGUCUUGAAGAGGGAACACACAAAAGGGCUGUAGUCAAGAUUAUUUCUAGUUCCAACCAGUAAACUCCUUCCUAAUGUGUAUUUAAUCACAUAUGGAAUGCAAAUCUGUUGUAUACUUCAAAGGAUUUCCAUGCCUUCUACUUGAGGUUCACCUAAAGAGAAUGUUAUUGUAUUUCUUACUACUUGAAUCUGUUAAUAUGUAUACUGUUUGUUAACACUGAAAUAAGAAACUUUCAGCAACUAGUUUUUGUUUUGUUUAAAUAUUUAAAUGAGGAGAGCAUAUUAACAAGUGUAAUUGUUGCAUUCUGCCUCAGGACCUAAUACUAAACAUUUAAAACCAUUUUUUCCCCAGCAUAAAAGAAGUGUCAAUUUAGUCUGAAUCAGAAACUGUAGUGUAUUAUAAGAAAACUCAGAGAUUCUUUUUCCUGCAAAGUGAUUUUGUGUACCAUGUAAUGUAUUAGUAUAAUGGAAUGUCCAUGUCCAAAUUGAGAUCUGAGUGAAGCAGUGAAUGUGUGCUGACAUUUAUCUUGUUAGGAACGCUGUUAUAAAUGCAGAAUGCAUUACUAGAUAUGCAGUAUUUUUUUUAAGCCCUAGUCAACCAUGAAUAUGAACAUACGGUGUGCAUAAUUUGUGCUGCCAGUGCUCUUGAUACAUAUUUCUUCAAAUUAUGAGCCAUUUGUAUGACAGUUUGUCCAGUAGUAUUCAGUUGUAUGACUUAAAAAAGUGUGAAAAAUCAUAGCAUGUAAGCUUUCCAGGAAAAUAAGUGCACAUUUGUAAUGUGAGCACCUUCAUAAUAACUUAUAAAAAUAUCAGAGACUUCAUAUUGUAUGUGUAAUUUGGCAUGGCUAUUGCUGCGUUAUAAUAGGAAUCUUUUAGAUUUCAUUGUGCAUGAGAGUUCUAGCUUCUCCCCCUUUUUUAUGAGAAAAUUUUCUUCUAUGCAAAAAAGAAAGAUUAGUUAUAGGCUGUUAUAGAGUGCAUACUUAGCACCUCAGGAAUGAAUAUAAAUAAAUAUAUAUACACAUAAAUAUAUACAUAGAGCAUCAGUAAUCCAGUCAGUAUGAGAACUUGAAUUAUAUGCAGUAGAUUUUCACAUAUCAGGCCUUUCAAAUUAGCUUUUGCUGUACUAACUUUUUUCUCAAAAAAAAAAUUCAUAACUGUAAAGAUAAUUGAAAGCAAACGAUGCCUGUAUUUGUAAUUAUGUGUAAUAUGUGUAUGGAUGAUUAGAACUUAGAACAGAGCAUUUGAGGAAAAGGGCACGGGAAUUGCAAAGAUGCUGUUAUUUCAGUUCAGCAGCUUAUGAAACCUGACUGACUUAGGAGGAUUUGUUUCUGAUAUGCAAGCUGUCGUCAAAAUAAUAAUAAAGAACUUGUUAAGUGUGUAUUAAUAGUUUUUAAAUGAUGGCAUUGUGUGUCCUAAAUGAUCUAUGUCAUUGUUAAACUAAACAAACAUAUUAUAGUAAAUAAUAAAUAAUACUUGUGGACAUGUGCAUUUCUGUACAAAGUUUAAACAAUAUAUUUGGGGGCACCAUUUUUUUAAUAGCUGAAUAUAUAUUUGUGGAGGUUAUGUGUAAAUUUCACAUAAUAAAAAAGUAGCGAUGGUUGGUUUACACAUAAGAAAUAAAGAUAAUACUUAAAGAGUAUGGAUGAAUAUAACGAUUCCGUAAGAAGUGAGAUAUCUCGAGAAAGAUCUUCCGUGCUUGACUUUUCACAACACGGGAGUAUUUCUCUGCACUUCCUUCAUUAUAGAGGUAGCGAGAUGCCAUCUUGUAUUUAUCUCCCGAGAUUUUUCAUUGCUGUAAAUAAUCUGCUGCUUUACUGUCUUUAUUAUCAUUAUUUUCCUUGGUAUAUUUAAACAUAUUCAAAACAGAUUAGUUGUUAGAUAAAACAGAGACUUGUGUCAGUUGAGAUAUUUGUGUGUGUCAGGAAGUUGCCUAUUGCUAACAGAAAUUCAUGAAAACAAAAUGCUGACACUUAAAAAAGAGAAAAGUAAAGAAUUGUAAUCCAUCCAAAACUAAGGCACAUGGAUACUUUUAAAUGAGCACACAUGUAAAGAAAUGUUUCUAUAUUCAUGUGCUGUAAAAGAAAAAAAAAACAUUUUUAUAAGAUAAGUAUCA